AUGGCUGGAGGCGCUUCUGAGGGGAAAAGCUGGGCCAAUGCGGGCGCGACCUAUGAGAACAUCCGGCGCUCAUUGCGACCACUUUCUCAAGCCCCCAACUCGUCUCCUGUAGCUACCAAGCAAGCAGCAUUUCGUCAUUCUCGAAGCCAGACUGUCGACAAUCCCCAAUAUUGGAAGGAAAAUCGCCCACAGACUCCCGAAUCCCGUCCUGCGCAGCCUCAGGAUGUUGACACGUUAAAGGAGAAGCCCUCAUACCUCGACCAAAGCCCCACGAAAACCGGUUCGCCGCACGCUGUCUCACCUCAUACCAAGUCACAAGUAAAAGCGCACCAUGCGCAUAGUUUGUCCAACCCACCGCCGUUCACUCAUACCCUGUCGGCCCCCGAGCUAGAGACGUUCCAAAAAUCGUCAACCGGCCACCUGAGGACCCUCUCAAAGUUUGCGAAAUCGGGUGAGACCGAAGAAUUUGCUCUUGACAGUUAUGGGGCAUCUGUGGUGGGAUUACAGGGACGACGGCGCUUAAAGCGCGCUGAUACGGUGACCGGAAACAAUAGCCCCAUAGCACGAAAGAAACCGGCAGCAUCAGCAUGGACGGCUGGGAGCUGGAUGGACAAGCAGCGUCAGUUCCUCCAGGCGUACGAGUACCUCUGCCAUAUCGGAGAAGCAAAAGAAUGGAUCGAAGAGGUUAUUCAGAAACAAAUUCCGCCGAUUGUUCAGUUGGAAGAAGGCCUGCGUGACGGAGUAACGCUGGCUGAGGUGGUACAAGCAAUGUACCCAAAUCGAACCUUUCGAAUCUUCAGACACCCGCGACUUCAGUACCGUCACUCUGACAACAUAGCACUGUUUUUCCGGUUCUUAGAUGAAGUCGAGUUGCCAGAGCUGUUCCGGUUCGAGCUUAUUGAUCUUUACGAAAAGAAAAACCUCCCGAAGGUUAUUCACUGCGUCCACGCCUUGUCAUGGCUGAUGUUCAAGAAAGGCCUCGUCGAUUUCCGGAUGGGAAAUUUGGUGGGCCAACUGGAGUUCGAACAUCAUGAACUCGAGCAAACACAAAAAGGCCUCGAUAAGGCGGGCGUCAGCAUGCCUAGUUUCUCGGGAAUGGCUGCCAACUUUGGAGCGGAACCAGAGCCAGAACCGGAGCCUGAGCCGGAAUCCGAGGAAGAUCGCAUUCACCGUGAGUUACAUGAAAGCGAAGCCUCGAUCUUUGAUUUCCAAGCUCAGCUUAGAGGAGCGAUGCUGCGACUGAAGCUUGGCAACUUGAUGAACGAUCUAUGGGAUUUCGAACCGUUCUUGGUAGAACUGCAGUCCAGGAUACGCGGAGACUGGGCUCGACAAAUUGUUCAAUACCGACUGGAUAUGCGAAAAUUCGCUGUUCAGUUACAAGCGAUCUGCCGAGCUUUUCUGGUCCGACAGCGGCAGAGAGGUGAUAAGGAAAAUUACCAGGCUCAAGAAAUUGAUGUACUGCGGCUGCAGACCCUCAUUCGGGGAGCCAAGGCAAGGGCUCAAGUGGACCGUGUUCGAAGUUGUAUGCGGAAAGAGGAAUCGGGCAUCAAAUUGAUUCAAGCGGCACUACGAGGCGCAUUGCAACGUCAGAAAGUGUACGAUCUUUGCGAGGGCACAAGAGGUGCGGAGGAGGAUGUUCAACUGCUGCAGGCUGCUAUCCGGGGUGCUCUGCAGCGUAAGCAACUCGCAACGCAAUACGAAGAAACCCACUCGGCUGAGACAGAUGUAACUGAGCUCCAAGCCCUUAUCCGAGGUGCGCUUCAACGCAGUCAGCUGGCAAAGCAAUACGAUGCAGUGCAGUCUGCGGAACCUGACGUUGUCGAGCUCCAAGCUCAAAUCCGUGGUGUCCUUCAGCGCAGUCGGCUUGCAGAACAAUAUGAAGCAACACGAGCGAGGGAGGAAGAUGUGACCGUGCUUCAAGCUUUGAUUCGGGGUGCCUCUGUCCGUCAGCAGAUGAGCACACAGAACGAGGCCAUUAAUGCGACGACAGCAAGCAGCACGUCUCUGCAAGGAAUCAUUCGAGGAAUGCUGACCCGGAAAGGUAUCGAAGAGACGAAAUCGUUGCUCUUGCAAGAAGUACCUUCAAUUACCUCCGUUCAAGCAGGCGCGCGGGCUCUUGCAGCCAGAAAAUUCCUAUCGCAGCAAGCAGAAGCGCUCGCAAAGACAGCAAAUGAGUGCGCCUCUCUUCAGUCAAUUGUUCGCGGUAACACUCUUCGAGCCGAGCUUGACCGUCUUCGACAAGAUCUGAGCAAGCAUGUGCCAUCCGUCAUCGACAUCCAAAGCAUCUCUCGAGCAAAUGCCGUACGAUCCUUCCUGAAUUCUCAACGCGAGUCUCUUAAGGAAGAGGAGACGUCCAUUCUGGCCCUGCAGUCUAUGGCACGGGCCGUCAUACUUAGGAGAAGGCUCGAAGCAGAUGCGCAAGCUCUACAGCAAGAAGCACCGGUCAUAACCAAUCUCCAAGCUCUGAUUCGCGCCGCAAUUCUCCGCAUCGAUGUGGGCGGCAUCUUGGAGGACCUCGAUGACUGCGAGGAUGAAAUUAGCCAGUUCCAAGCACAGAUAAGAGCCAUGCUUGUUCGGGUUGAUGUUGGCCAGACUCUUGCAGACCUGGCAGCUGCCGAAGACGUCGUUAUGGACCUUCAGUCACACAUCCGUGGUCAUCUUGUUCGUUCCAGAUUCGAAGAGAAACGCCGCCAUUACCGUGAAAACAUGGAUAAGGUGAUCAAAGCGCAAAGCUACAUCCGUGGUCGAAUUCAGGGCCAAGCCUACAAGAGCCUCACAAGUGGAAAGAACCCGCCUGUAGGAACCGUCAAGGGCUUUGUGCACCUGUUGAAUGAUAGUGAGUUUGAUUUCGACGAGGAAAUUGAGUUUGAGCGAACACGGAAAUUGGUUGUCCAACAAGUCCGACAGAACGAACUGGCAGAGCAAUACAUCGGCCAGCUCGAUAUCAAGAUUGCGCUCCUCGUCAGGAAUAAGAUCACGCUUGAUGAAGUCGUAAAACACCAGAAGCAUUUUGGUGGCCACGUUGGAAGCCUUCUUCCAAACCGGGAGAUUUCUUCCAAGGAUCCUUUUGACCUGAAAGCUCUGAAUAAGACAUCGAGAAGAAAGCUAGAGCAGUACCAGGUUUUGUUCUUCCUUCUUCAAACCCAGUCGCAAUAUUUGGCGCGGUUAUUCCGACGCCUGCGUGAGCUCAACACGCCCGAGAAGGAGUAUGAUCGGAUAAGGCAUCUGAUGAUGGGUCUCUUUGGAUACUCGCAGAAGAGACGUGAAGAAUACUACCUCAUCAAGCUUCUUGCACGUUCCGCUAGGGAAGAAAUCGAAAGCUUCGACUCGCUCCAUGAAUAUUUGCGGUGCAAUUCUUUCUGGAGUAAACUCUUCGCAUCCUACAUCAAGUCCCCACGGGAUCGAAAGUUUAUGCGUGAUAUUCUUGGAACUGUUGUGAGGGAGAAUGUGGUUGAGAACCCAGAGUUGGACUUGGAGAGCGAUCCCAUACAGAUCUAUCGCUCGGCCAUCAACAACGAAGAGCUGCGGACCGGCAAACGGAGCCGACGCCGACUGGACAUCCCAAGGGAAGAGGCAAUCAGAGAUCCAGAAACGAGAGCGACGUUUAUUCAGCAUCUUCAAGACCUCCGCGAUAUUGCUGACCAAUUCUUUUCUGCUUUUGAGGAACUCCUGUACAGGAUGCCCUUUGGUAUUCGGUACAUCGCGAAACAGAUGUACGAGAGCCUUCUCGCUCGAUUCCCCAAGGAGAACCCUGGCUUCAUCCUCCAAACAGCGGGCCAUUGGGUGUGGAGAAACUACUUUCACCCUGCAAUGGUCGAGCCCGAGAAGUAUGGUGUAAUAGAUCGGGGCUUGACCCAGGAGCAAAAACGCAAUCUUUCAGAGAUCUCGAAGGUGAUCGCGCAGGUAGCAUCUGGUCGACUUUUCGGCGCAGAGAAUGUUUAUCUCCAGCCACUAAAUAGCUAUAUCGGAGAUUCUAUCCAGCGGCUUGGUCAGAUCUGGGGUGACAUGGUCUCCGUUCAGGACGCUGAAACCUAUUUCGACAUCGACGAAUUCAACGACCUUUAUGCCAAGACAAAGCCUACUUUGUAUAUCAAAAUGUCUGAUAUCUUCUCUAUCCAUCAGCUUAUCGCCAGCGAAAUUCAUUACAUCUGCCAGAAUCCGGAUGAUAUCCUGAAGGAGGUCAUUCGCGACCUGGGUAACGUCAAGUCCAACGAGAGUGAGCUAAUGAGCGUCAACUCCUCUGAGAUCAAUCUCACCUUGAACCCCAAGCUGGCACAAGUUGAAGACCCAGAAGCGGAUGUGAAGGCUUUGUUCAUGGAAACCAAGAGAUGCAUUCUCUACAUUAUUCGCGUCCAAACAGGCGCCAAUCUGAUGGACAUCAUGGUUAAACCACCCACCGAAGAGGACGAGGCCAAAUGGAUGACGCUGGUUCGCGACGAGUUGAGUGCCAACAACACACGACGGAGCCCUUACUCGGAAGCCACCACCAUGGUAGACCUUGCCUCUAUGAGUUACACGGAGUUGAAGCAAACGGCUCUGGAAAACAUUCUUCAACUCGAACAGACCGGUAAAAUCCGGCGCGAUAAUUACUACCAGGAUCUUUUGAAUGCGAUUGCCAUCGAUAUCCGCACAAAGCAUCGCCGGAGAAUCCAGCGAGAGCGGGAAUUGGACAGCGCUCGGAUGACGCUUGCUCGUCUCAACGACCAGGCUAUCUGGCUGGAUCAACAACUCAAGACUUACAACGACUACAUCGAGCAGGCCAUGGUAACCUUGCAGAACAAGAAGGGAAAGAAGCGGUUCCUAAUGCCGUUCACCAAGCAGUGGGAUCACCAACGAGAACUGCAGAAGUCCGGCAAGGUCUUCAAGUUUGGAUCCUACAAGUACUCAGCCCGCAAUCUGGCGGACCGGGGUGUUCUCGUUCACUGGAAGGGAUACACUGAACGGCAGUGGGAUCGGGUUGACCUUACCAUCUCGAGUAACGAGGUCGGAGUUUUCACCAUUGAUGGAAGCAGUGGACCGAUGAUGAUCCCGGGUGCCAACGCGCAGGUUCCGUUGGACGACCUACUUCAAGCCCAGUUCAAUAACAUGCAGUUCCUGGACUUCUUCGAUGGGCACUUACGAGUCAACGUCAAUCUUUUCUUGCAUCUGAUAAUGAGAAAGUUCUAUAAUGAGUGA